UGCUGAGCUGUGUAUCUAAUCCUAUCAUGUGUGAUACUUUCUGCUGAGCCGUUAUUUCUAAGCCUAUAGUAUGCAAUACUUUCUAUUGAGCCGUCGUAUCUAACCCUAUUGUAUGUGAUACUGUCUGUUGAGCCCCUGUAUCUAAGCCUGUCAUGUGAUACAGUCUCAUUUCCAUUAUGCUGCAGUACACUCUGUGGGUCUGCAGAGGGCGCAGCAGUUCUGCUCCCCAUCACCACAACACUAAGGCGGCUGUAGUAGCGGGGUAACAAUGGCUGCAUUAUGUUAGUCAGGUGCCAGGCGAUGCCAGGGCUGGAGCUGGCAGACAAUUAAGCGCCUGUUAGAUACAAGGUAUCACAGAAGAGGGGCAUUAUUGCCAGCGUUCCUGACAAGCGUCGGAUAACUGCUGCUGGAUCGGUUCCUUGUCACCCAGACCAGAAGCCAUGUAUUUCUGCCUGCAGCGAGGGAUGGACAUGUGUGUGCCACCUUAUAAGCCACGGCACUUUACUGCUCUUCUUGGCAGGAUGCAUUAGAAGUUAGCUAAAUGUGGAGUUCCCCUUUAAAUCACUUUACUGCUCUUCCUGACAGGGUGCAUCAGAAGUUAGCAAAAUGUGGAGUUCCCCUUUAAAUCUCUUUACUGCUCUUCCUGGCAGGGUGCAUCAAAAGUUAGCUAAAUGUGGAGUUCCCCUUUAAAUCACUUUACUGCUCUUCCUGACAGGGUGCAUCAGAAGUUAGCAAAAUGUGGAGUUCCCCUUUAAAUCACUUAACUGCUCUUCCUGGCAGGAUGCUUAGAAGUUAGCUAAAUCUGGAGUUCCCUUUUCAAUUACCUUACUGCUCUUCCUGGCAGGAUGCAUCAGAAGUUAGCUAAAUGUGGAGUUCCCCUUUAAAUCACUUUACUGCUCUUCCUGGCAGGAUGCAUCAGAAGUUAGCUAAACGUGGAGUUCCCCUUUAAAUCACUUUACUGCUCCUCCUGGCAGGGUGCAUCAGAAGUUAGCUAAACGUGGAGUUUCCCCUUUAAAUCACUUUACUGCUCUUCCUGGCAGAAUGCAUCAGAAGUUAGCUAAACGUGGAGUUCCCCUUUAAAUCACUUUACUGCUCCUCCUGGCAGGGUGCGCGGUUGUAACUCAUCCACUUAGAAAUAGCAAUGUGUUCAGGUUGUAGGGUAGUGCACUUAUGGAGGUGACUAAUGUCUGUUGAUGUUUUGCACGGGCGAUACGUGUUUUGUCCUUGAGAAGUGAUGGUUUCGCUCCUCUCUGAGUGUGAGCGCAAUCUGUCCUCCGUAUCUCCACAUCUCCAGUAAUUACAGAAAACAAGGCCCGGGCGGUGUGGGCGGAGGCGGCGAUAAGACACCUGCUCCUCCUGAGGUACAGGUGAGACCAUACCUCAGACAUCAUCCGAGCUGCUGCUUGUGACGGAUCCAGACGGGACCCGAGUCCUGUACAUGCAGAAAUGAGCAUUUCUUGUGAACCCCCGGUGAUCAUUACACCAGACGCAGAUGACUGGGAAAUCGAUACCAGUGCCUAUGCUGACUGUGGGCACUUUGUGGACUGGGACCAAUUCCCCGCUAAAACCGGACCACUGAAAACCUCCCAUGUGGAGAUUCCUCAAUCACAGAAGGACCUGAAGAAAAUGGCAAGAGACGGAACUUGGGGUGAAAAUCGAGCCGUCAGGGCUCAAGCCUACAACCAGAUCACCAAAAAUAUUAAUUGUCGGAUAUUUACACCCACCGCAACCGUUUAUCAUAAUGUGUCGGAGCGUCUUUUCGGGCAGAGUGGACUGGAUGAUCACCCGUUACCAGAAUUCCUGGAGUGUUGUCCCAUGCCCAUGUAUUGCCUGAAUGCUCGAGGUGAAACUGCUGUGAAGAAGAUACUUAUAUGCAUUGGUGACCAGUAUCCAGACAUCACAUAUUGCCCCACGUUGCCCGCCGUGGUGGCCCUCUUGAUGCAUUUUAGUGAAGAUGAAGCAGAGUGUUUUGAGAGGACAUGCCGCCUCAUUUCAUGCUCGGAACACCACAAGACUUACAUCGAGCAAAGUUUCUUGUCCUAUGAAGCUUCCGGCAUGACUUUUGGAGACUUAGCCAAAAAGUAUUGCCAGGCUGGCCAUAAGUUCAUCACUAUCCACUGUGAAAACUCAUCGGAGGUCUUCUCAGAUUGGUUGAUGUGGAUCUUCGGAGACUUGCCCUUUGAAUACAUCAUCAGGGUCUUUGAUAUCUUCCUUCUUGAGGGCAACAAGGUGCUGUACCGGGUGGCUCUAGCCUUGCUCAAGCAGUACAAGCUCCACACUGAGUAUGAGGGUCAGGACGUUAAAAAUGACAUCCAGGAAUUUGUCAAGAACAUCUCCAGCCACGUUUGUGUGGAGAAGCUGUUAGAGAAAGCCUUCAGCAUUAGGCUUUUCUCCCACAAGGAGAUCUGGCUUCUACACAUGGCCAACAGAAAGGCUUUGUCGCAGAGUGGGAUCACCGUCAUGCAACCAAGACAACCGGCUCACAUGUCCAUAGACAUCACACAGUUCUCCUCGGAAAUCGUAACAGCCCAUGAAAUGAGGACGGUGUGGUCAUGGAUUCCAGAACGCUACUCCCUGUACCCCCCAGUUCUGUUGUUCUCUACCCUUCAGCAUGGCUAUAGUCUUCAGAGAUUUUAUUCACAUUGUGAAGGGAUGGAGCCCACUGUCUUGCUCAUCAAGACCACCGAAAACCAGGUGUGUGGGGCCUACCUCUCUACAGACUGGAGUGAAAGGAAGAAGUGCUGCGGACAGGUCUGCACGUUUUUUGGAACCGGAGAGUGCUUCGUGUUUUCUAUUCGGCCAGACAUGGAGAGGUACGAGUGGGUCGUAGUGAGGAAACCAGAGAUGGUGAAGACCGCCCCGCCUUCCCCACGCUCCAGACCUCGAUCUUACUCUUACGGCGCUCGUCUUUCCCCAACCCCGAGACGUCGGUCUUCCACUAUGACCUCAGCUCCCAGCAGUCCCUCCCAGUCUACAAAUUUCCUGACCGUCCCAGCGGAAGGAAGCCCAAACCGCUUAUCUCCGUUCCUCUCUGUACGACAUUUCCAGCUGCCCUCUAAAACGGCCUCCAUGUUUAUGUCUGGAAACAGCCAGGGCUUUAUAAUAGGUGGAGGCGGAGGACAAGCCUUGAAUAUUGACGCUGACCUGAAUAUGGGGAGGACAGAGCAUUGUGAAACCUUCGACAACCCGCCUCUGUGUGAAGAAAACUUUCAUAUACAGCACCUGGAAGUCUGGGGCUGCAAAAACUCCUAAAUAUGCAACAACAAAAAAAUGUAUAUAACCCCAAAGAGAUGACCCUUUGUGCCCUUUAAAUAGCAAGGGAUUGCCCUGCGGGUGUUAAAGAUGGCUGAUCGGAGGCAAGAGAUAUUAUGACCAUUAUUAAUGGCAGGGGUCUGCCUCAUUUGGACACUAGGUGGCGAUAGAUAUUAUGACCAUUAUUAAUAGCAGGUGUUCCUAAUUUGGACACUAGGCGGCGAUAGAUUUUACAACCAUUAUUAUUUAGAGAAGUUUUGUUCAUUUGGACACUAGGUGGCGAUAGAUGUAAUGACCAUUAUUAUUUAGAGAAGUUUUGUUCAUUUGGACACUAGGUGGCGAUAGAUAUAAUGACCAUUAUGAAUAACAGAAGAAUACUUCAUUUGGACACAAGGUGGCGAUAGAUAUAAUGACCAUUAUUAAUGACAGGUUUUCCCUCAUUUGGACACUAGGUGGCGAUAGAUCACAAAGUGCCCUGUUGGUACCCCCAACAAUCAGACGUAAUCCAUGGGGAACCUGGCAGAAAGUGUUCAAAUUCCCUGCAGCGCCAUCACAGGGGAAAUGAGGCAUUACACAGUCUCCAUUCAAAUCAGUGUUUGUCUAUGUAAUGUAGGACAGGACGGGUCCUCCAGAGGAAGAGACUCUCUUUGCCCGAGUGAUGAGGACCCUGAACUAAUACCGUGUAUGACAAUGGGGUUUCUGGGCUGGACAGGCCCUAAAAGGGGGCUUCAUUUUAUAUACAUCUCUGGCAUAUUGAUAUAAUUACGCCAUAAAUGUCAUCGAUCACUAAACCAAAGGGUCUGCUGUGAUUCCUGUGCUGAGUCUUAGGCCUCAUGCACACGACCGUAGCAGGUCUGUGCCUGUAUAGCGGUCCGCAGCACGGCCAUGGCCAGCACGCUGUUGUUGUGCGCUAUUCCUCAUAUAAUAAACAUUUUAGAGAACGUUUUCUUAAAAUUCUGCAUUUUGCUGUUCCUCUGUUAUUCCGUCUGGAAAUGUAUGAUGAGAUUUGCAUAAACUGACAACAGCCUUAUCUUAUGGGUGGAAAUGUACUGUUCCCUCGGUGCUAAACACUCUGCAAUAUCGUGCGCAGGUUUAAAAAAGCUGUGGGUUACGGCACGCUGGCAGAAAUGCUGCAGAUGGAUUCGCAUUUGGAAAAUCAGUCUGGUGGCGGUUCCCUAGGUCAUUCUGAUGAUGCGCCGAAACGUGACAGCUCAUGUGCUCAAUCGUCACUGCUGGUACAGGAGCCGGUCGAGGGACCAGGGAAGCCUCGGCACAGAAGCGGCAGAAAUAUGAUCAGAACGAUUUUUUUUAUCUCAAGUCUUAGAAUCCACUGCAAAAAAAUCUGCAGAAAAACCAGCACAAUUUGUUGCAAAAUUUUUAUAACAUUUU